UGUCCGCUCGCCUCGCGGGGCUCUGACGCGGUGUCGGUGUCGGUGUCGUUGCAGGCACAGCGCAGAAAUGAUCAUCCCGGUCAGGUGCUUCACGUGCGGCAAGAUAGUGGGCAACAAGUGGGAAGCCUACCUUGGCCUGCUGCAGGCGGAGUACACGGAAGGAGAUGCCCUGGAUGCCCUUGGCUUGAAGAGAUACUGCUGCCGCAGAAUGCUCCUCGCCCAUGUGGAUCUGAUUGAGAAGCUUUUGAAUUACGCACCCCUGGAGAAAUGAGAUGGAAGAAGCACUGUGCUGCAAGCCAUGUGGAACGUAUCUCUAAUUUAAACUUGAAACUGGACUUCAGGCAGUAAAGGAUGAAAGCCAACUGUAGUGCAACCAUCAAGAGAUGUUUAUCUUCUGGAUAAAAUACUGCCCCAAGCCACUAACCUCUUUCAAGGAAAUAAAGGAAUGAUGAAGUCCACUUAACCAAGAUUUAGAGAUUAAAAGUUUGGACGCUUCUUCUUAAAUUUGUGUUAGGAGUUGUGAACUACUUUUAGAUGCUUCUGCCAGUAAAACCAAAUGUUUGUUCAUGUAGAAAAGCUAUUAUAUUUCAUUAAAAUGUUGAAAUAAAGGAGGUUUUUCCUUUGC